AUGGCGUCCAGUGAGAGUGAGGUGGACUUGGAUAAAGUGCUAGAUGCAGCCCAUAGAAUCGCACAGUACAUAAAAAAGACGCCCAUAAUGACCUGUUCAACUCUUGACAGCAUGGCUGGAAGGAUACUUCAUUUCAAAAGCGAACUCUUCCAAAAAACUGGAGCCUUCAAGGUAAGUUUUAGGGGUCAAGGCUGUCGAAUUGGUGAGAGCACUCACCUCCAACAGUCCAAGCAAUGUGGCCCGCAUUCAAAUCCUGGAGUUGAUGCCUUAUAUUGGUUCUCUCCCUUGCUCCGAGAGGUUUUUUUUUCGGAUACUCCAGUUUUCCCCUCUCCCGGCAAGAACCAACACUUCCAAAUUUCAAUUCGAUCUGCACCUCACAGACACGUUUAAACGAGUUCGUAAGAACGCCUACGUGUUUCGUGGGUAAACAAAUUACAAACAGUUACACUUAGAUUGUACGGGCACCUGUGGUCCAGGGACAGAUAUCAGAUACUAAAGGAAUAACUCAGUAUUUUAAUAACAGCGUAAGCAUCAGUGGAAAGAAUGAAAACGACCAGGGGAAUGCUUUUCUAGUUUCUUCCAAGGCCUGUUCACAGGCUACUUCCAAUAAAAUCUUAGUUAACUUCUCACGAAGUCUAAGAUACUCGGUUUCAUAUCUCGUUUUGAAACAUGAUAAACUGGUGUCCAAGCCGGACAUUUUGAACGAUACGUGAGCAAGGCCACAUAGUAAGCAAUUUGUUUUUCAGGGUAUUGCUUUCUUGUGCAAAUUAAGGCUUUUGUUAAUAAAACCUCACUGGAACUACCAAAUUUAAAUAUGAAAGGAAAAACAAAAUGAAUUCUGGUCUUAGUAGUAAAAAGACCAUUGAUCUCGGUGUAGAAAUUUUUUAUGGCUGCACUACGGCUUGAUAAAUUGGACUCGAUUCGGGUCCAUGGGGGUAGUUCGCUGUUACGGGUUCUUAAUUACUAUCAUAUUUCAAUAUAAUGAUAGCUAACGAUCGCGGGGGAUAACAACAAUUUAACAAUACGCUAUACAAUCAAGAAAAACGACGAUCUGCUAUAAAUUUCACUUUUUAUUUUAUAUCUUCUUUUUUUUUUUGAAAUUACCGGUAAAAAAGUUGUGACAUUUACUAAGGUGGAAAUUAACUGCAACAACGCAGUUCGUUAUGUAACAUAAAAAAGAAAAUUACAAAAUUUGAGGAGGAGCGAAGUAGCUGAAUUGUGAAGGAGAAGGAAGGGUAGUGUGGUAAGUGAGGAAUUGUGUUGAGUGACAAAAAGAGGUGGAGUUUAGGGUUAGAUACAUUAUGCCUGCUUAAUUUAGGGCAGCCCUGUUGUCAGAGCGUCGAGCAUAGUACACUCAAUGCCCAGAAAUGUAAGCAUGCAGUGGCGAAAAUGGCGAAUCUGGAAAAAAAGCGCUAAAGGGUUGGCGAAAAUUUGAAUAAAUUUACAAGAGGUUCUCCUUAUAAAGUGAAAAAUCUUCGCCAAAUUCGUUAUAGGCGUCAAAAUCAUCACUUUCUAAAGGCCCCAUUUUGCCAUCUCCUUUAAAAUUUCUCCAAAAGUUUGGCGAAUCUUAACUUCGCAAGAUUCACAAUAUUUGUCAAAAUCGCCACUUGCUGUGGGCCCCCUUCGCAAUCUCAUUUGAAUCGAAGUUUUGCUAAGACUUUGAGGAGUUUUCACCACAUUCGUCAAUCGAAUUCACCACUUUUCAUGGACAAAAUAUUUUAAAUUUCAUUGACAGAAAGUCGAAUCUACAAGAAAUAGCAAACUUUGGCAAUUAUCCGGGAGAUUUCAGACACUGAUAGGGGUGGCGAAUGGUUCUUCAAAAACUCUGGGUCUCGCAAAAUUUUAGUCGAAUUUCACGGGUCUCGCAAUCUCGUUUUUUGAGCGGUUAUGUGCGUCUCGCAGUCUCGUUUUUUAUACGAAGGUGUCUCGGAGUCUCGAUUUUUUGCAAUGUUUAAGGGUCUCGAAGUCCUGAUUCGUUGGUUUGUAUUUUUUUAAAAUGACGUCUUCCCGUCACUUGAUAUUGAAUUUCAGUAACGCAACUUUCAAUUUCCGAGAAAAAGUUCAUCCUAACUUCUCCUAAAUUGUCUGAAUUCCACAAAAAGCUAGAAAAAUUACCGCAACGUCAUUUUGGAGCCAGAAAAACAGUUAUUUUGUUUUAGCAUAUCAUAACGUAGUGUUAUAGUCGAAUUUUCAGUUCCAGCAAAUACACAAGCUUACACAGAAGCUGGCCAAAAGGCUAAAAGGGGACUGAAGAAACCCACACAACCUCACGAUAGCUCAUGAUGAAACCCACGAAGUCGGAGAACUUAUCGGUUGUCCCCUGUGGAACCGUAAAAGCACAAAUAUUCCCAGUACAACAAAAAAGUUACUAUUACUCACCUAACAGUGCCCUAGUGCCUCGUACAUGGACAAUUGAAUAAGAUAGUUCCAUCAUUCUUCUUGUAAUUUGUUCGAUGGUCAUCUGGAACCCUUUUAAUAAGUUUUAAUUGUUCUCUGUUCUCAAUUCAUCCAUGCAAUCGGACGAGUUCUGAGUUAGUCUUCUGAGUAAGUCUUAUGCACUUAUCAAUUCAAACCCCGACCCCCCCCACCACCCCGGGCCAAGGUGGGGAUUUGACUUGACAUCAUUACAAAUCUUAGCAAACUCCCACCCUACUGGGGCAUAUUGACUGGUAAAACCCCCACCCAGGUGGGGAAACCUUUUUAAUUCCCUGACUGACUUUAUUAAUAUUUCGUUCGAAUUUUCAACUUCUUAAUAUUGACAAAUUUACUACAGCAAAAAGGCAAAAAUGAUAACAGACCAAGAUAUAACAAAUAUUUGACAAUAAGUAAACAUAAUGACCCCUACCCACUUAUAAAAAAGUCAGGGUACAAAAUGGAUGAUGGAGUAGCACAUUGCUAUAAAGUUAUAUUAAAAGGAAAUCCGUACCAUCUCCAUUGAAAGUAAUAUCUGCAAUGAUAAGUUUAAUUGAAAAUAGCAGCCAACAUACCUUAACCUUCACAAGCUGAUGUUAUAAAUAGACUGCAUAAAAUAGUUCCUAGGAGCUAUAUUUUAUAUUUUGGCUUAAAGAAUGAGGAAAAUAUAGAACUUCAGCAACCACAUGGGUUUAACACUAGACGUUAAACGAGCUGUGUCAUGAAAUUUACCAAAAUGUAGGCUGUGGGAACUGCCACCAAAUUGAGUGAAACAUAAAAAUAACCGCUUAAGACAUUAAAAGAUGGUAUAAAUGACUCAGCAAAUACAAAAGAAGGUACAGAUGGGAAAACGUGAAGAAGAUUAAAACGGAUUGAAAUUUUGGUUUUUGAAAACUUGUUAACCUAACAGUUUUUCAAAGUUCAUUGUUUUCGUCCGUAACGCUUGAUAUGCUUGGGAGAAACAUCUGUUUAAAACGAAGCUUUGAUUUCUUCAUUUCUUUGCCAACGUAACGCUCAAAAGCAAAUAGGGACCACGUAACUGGCAAUAUUAACAAAAUAAACCAGAUAGCCGUGACACAGCACCUUUUAUAAUAAGUAGAGGAGUUUGUAUCUGCAUUGUUUGAGAAGUUUUGAAUAACAAUAACAAUUUCCAGUCAACGAACCAUGAAAGCUCAAGGCAAAAUCGCAAAGGAUUAGCCUCAGUGAAGAAAUGAAAGGAAAAACAAUUAGGAAACUUAUGGCCGAGCAGUACAUCAAAAUACCAGUGAUCACGUGAAGAAAUUACCGUGAGGAAACUAGGCACGAGUCAAAUCCCCACCUCGCUCCCCGACUUCCAUCACUUCCAUGGACUUCCAUGAAUAUGCUAAGCAAAUCCUGAGAAAUCCCCCACCCCCACGGGCUAACCAUGCCUUCAAAUACCAUAAAAAUCCCCCACAUUGCCCCACCUAGGCCCGGGGUGGCGGGGGGUCGGGGUUUCAAUUGAUAAGUGCAUUAGUCUUAACCAAGCAGAUAACCGCCCGCAGAUUUUUGUCGGGCAUAAAUUAUCUAAGCUUAUCUAGUCAGUUCGGCCGCAUUGCGGCCCGUGAUGGAAGAUGAUGCGGAAUUGAUAAAUGACACUUAAGAGAACGUCAGAGACAAUCAAAAGCUUAAAAAGUUCACAACGAGAAACGCUAGAGACAUAACAGUCAGGCAAAUAACGACAGCGACACCAGUCUCUGACGAAGCCAAGCAAAAUUAAUUUUUUAAAUGAGCUAAUUCGUGGGUAAGCAAACUGAACUAGCAAAACUUGCAUGACAAAUUGCAGGGUAUCAACGGAAACCAUCCAGACCAACAUGUCACUUUUGACAGAUCUCGACAUGCACAGUCGAACGGCGCCUCUCUACUCAAAAAAACGAACUCUUCCAUAGAAAGCUAUAGAACACAGUAUCCAUGCAUACAGCGCUCUUCCGCAGCAAUGAUAUGAAACAGAAUAGGUUAGAAAAGCAAACUUUAAAAAAAAUAGAACGGCAAAUGUAUAAAUGUUUAAAGCUGUAGGUUGUAAUUGCCAACGAUCCAUCCGAGCGAAGACGCUCGGAUGGCGAGGCGGCAGCAGAAUAGAGCCGCGCAAGACUGGGCAAUAGGCAGAAAAAUUCUCGAUCGAGCUGAAAAAAGUGUAACCUAAUGUAAUGUAGAUUCACCUGACACCAAGUGGUCAGUUGUGAACCAAUCAAAAGGCAGUAUCGGGCGCACGGGCUCAAGUUGAAUAAAAUAUAAAAUUUUACACAAUUCCGGCCGUCGCGACUUCUUGUGUUCAUUUACCUAAUUUUUUUCGUCAAACCCGGCCACUGUAGUCAAGAAACAUGAGCACUUGAUAUAUUCUAUUAAUUUUAGGGGCCAUACUGUUAAGUUUUAACGAAGAGAAGUUUGUAAAACAGCAAAAGUCAGCUGAAAAGUGUUCUACGUGCAACAAGCAAUAUUCUCACCACUAAAAAGGGUCAGAUUUCACGAGGAGAUAAGGAAAGCUUGACACGAAGAAUACAGUCGCUUCUGUUGGAAAAUCUGGUGUUGGGGAAAAAAUCUAACCAGCAAACAAAAAAAAUGAGAACAAAAACGAAUUGAAAGCCUAAAGCGAACGACAAAGGAAAAGAAAACAACGCCAUUUUUUUCGAAACCUGGCCGAGUUCAAAUUGAAUACCGACGUGCCGUACAUCGCAUGUCCUUGGAAACAUUUCAGAUGGCCGCAGCGAAUCAUUCUAAGUUUCAAUCCGAUAACAAAAAGUCUUGGGAAAUUUGAAAGGAGGUUUAAAUGAUUAAACUGUGCAAAUAUUUAUCUACAAUGUCAAACCGAACCGACAGUAGAUUUUUAGCUGGACUUAAUAAUAUUCCCGAUCGACUCGAUCGCUUCCUCUGCAAAGCUGACUUUAUUCUUUCAAGACACUUCCCACUUUUACAUAGCAGGUUUGUAAAGCCACCAGACUGAAUCUGAGAACUUUUCAAGAAAAUAAUCCUUGCAACAGGAAGGGACCAAGAAACGGUCAAAUGGGAAAAAAAGGAAUUUUAUUCCUAAGCAAAAUACGCAUGAUUUGCUCGUUGUGCACUCUAUCGAUAGGUAUACCUAGUCAGAUAAUAUUUCCGGCGACCAGGAGCGCCUCAUGAAUCAAAUUAUGAAUUGACGUCACAGACCUGAGCUAGACCUGGUUUGCUGCCGCUCACAUUAGCUCACAUUGUAGUUUUAAUAUUUUGACCUAUUUUGCCAGCUUUUGCCAUCUUGAGCAAACAAUCACAGCUAAAACCACCAUCAAUGCAACUUGCAGCCUAUGCCUUUCAUAAUUAGCUAUAGUACUGUAGCUUAGCUUAGCUUAUAGUAAUAGAAUCGAACCUGGAUGAAUGAUGAACUGUGGGACCUAACUGGUUAAGCAUGGCGUGGUUGUUUUCUCGAAUCCGGGAUUGAAGUUCUACUGAUAGACUAAGACGAAUUGUCGGCACAUUGAUAAAUACAAACAUUAAUAGAGUACUGUACAGAACCGCAAAUGAUCCCCAACCGCAACUGAUCCCGAGACCGCAAAUGAUCCCCAAAAUGGACCGCAAAUGAUCCUCGACCGCAAGUGAUCCCCAAAGUCGACCGCAAAUGAUCCCGAAAGAAAAAUAGGAAUGACUUGGACUCAAGAGUUGGCGGAUCAUCGUGUCGAUUUUAUUGUUAUUACAAAACGACAGAUUAAAAGCUAAAUUUUACUUCUCAAAUAAAUCUAUGAAUAAAAACUAAAUGAAAAAAAAAAUCAUUCAAGUGUAAAAACGAAGUCGGUAGGCAAAAGAGGACUUUUACCUCAUCCUAAAAUCCCGGAUCCGAAUAAUUAUAGGCGGUUUUCUUUUUCGUCCGUGAAUGUGACGGUUUCCUACGAUGUUUUGUCACGCGAUAACUACCGCUUACCUUACCUCAAUUGCUUCAAUUUUCUUUCAAGAAUGUUUCGCCGCUGAAAAAUUUAUGACAGGCAGGACGUUAUGCAGAAAAGACUCUAUUAUUUUAACGCCUAGAAGCUGAGGAAUACAAAGCCGAGCACCCUCUACAUAAACAAGAGCUUUAUUGACUUUACUGAUCUUUUUGAAAGUGUGAAAUUAAUUUUCAGAAUAUUUAAUUUUGAUUUUUCUCUGAAGUGUUAAUUUUACGUGAUAAACAGGAAGACAUUUGUUCGUAACUUAGGUGACCGUUACGAAACAAGACAUGAUUUAACUCAAACACAAGUCAAAAUGCCCCCAAACUUAUCAAUGUCCACAGGUUUCUGUUUAUUUCCAAAUAGCAACUUUCUUACAACUCAUGAACAUGUUGCGAAUAGUUAUAUUGACGCUUUUAUGUAUAUUCAUUUGUUUUGCCUUUGCUGGAGACAGUUACCAGGAAUCUAAACCUGGUAAUGAGGAACGCAAAAGCGAGGUAAGCGGUAGUUACCGCGUGACAAACAUCGUAGGAAAUUGUCAUAUUCACGGACGAGAAAGAAAACCACUUAUAAUUAUUCGGAUCCAGGAGGCACUUUGGAAAAAAAUAAACAACCUAAAACCCUUAAUUAGCGGCAAUGAAGGGCACUGCAUUUCAAAAGAGGUCAAAGGAAAUGCUCUUGCAUCAAAGGGCAAAUCAUGCUGACCAGAAACAACAAUAACCGCAGAAAAUGCGUGUCAUGACCUCUCAGUAUGAAGUAAGCGGCAAAAAUUAGAUUUGCUCAGUCAAAACGUUUUGCUCCGAGGUAUAAUCUACCCGCCAGAUCCGGAAAAAAUUCAUUGGAACAAGCAGCAUUUUAGCAUGAGGUAAAAGUCGUGUGUUGCCUGCCGACUUCGUUUUUACACUUAAAUGAUUUUUUUUUCAUUUAGUUUUUAUUCAUAGAUUUAUUUGAGAAGUAAAAUUUAGCUUUUAAUCUGACGUUUUGGUAAUAAUAAUAAAAUCGACACGAUGAUCCGCCAACUUGAGUCCAAGUCAUUCCUAUUUUUCUUACGGGAUCAUUUGCGGUCGACUUUGGGGAUCACUUGCGGUCGAGGAUCAUUUGCGGUCCAUUUUGGGGAUCAUUUGCGGUCUCGGGAUCAUUUGCGGUUGGGGAUCAUUUGCGGUACUGUACAGUACUUACGUGAUUCGCGCUUUCGUUUCCGAUGAGAAGAAGACGACUUUUCCUCCAUUUCCGUUUCCUCCAUGGUUUUAACGCAUGAACGUUUCCACUCAACUAGCUUCAACUGAAUUCAAACACAGCCGCGCAUUCUUUUUGACGACUUCCAGACAAAUGUAAGUGACAGCGCGUCAGUCACAAAAAAACUCAAAGGCAAACGACCAAGUGUAACCUCCUGACCGGAAAUUAGGUCAUGGCCAGGAAAAUAAUAGAGUUUAUUGACUGUUGACAGGUUUACAACAAAAGCCUCCUUCGUAAGACUUUUGUACAAGCUAAUUCUAGCUCAUUGUCAUAUCUUCUCAUAGCUCUGAACCAAAUCUGGGGCUCGAAUUUUAAGAGUCUAAACGUCUCGCGCUCGCACUCAAAACACUUUGAAGUCUCGGUCUCGCAAUCUAAAAAGUCAAAAUGUCUCGGGCUCGCAAAGAAAAACGCUAUUCUCGCCGUCUCGCAAAGUCUCGCAUUUACCAUUCGCCACCCCUUCUAAUCUGGAGACCGGGAGAAACGGUUCAAAAUCGGGAGUCUCCAGGAUUAUUCGGGAGAGUUGACAGCACUGUAGUUUCAGCACCAUAGAAAUAAAAUAUCUUUAUACCUUUAUCUUUAUACUAGAGUAAGGUACAUGUCUGGGUCUCCCUUCCCCUCCUUUACUGAGAAUUUCCCUCCCCCUACCAGAGUUUGUACGGACUUACUGGCAUGUGGACGUACGCUGACGUCAUGGCUAAAUUUUCGAGUAUCGAUAGGUAGCAACAGAGACGGCUCCACUAACUCGUAUCUUCAAGAUUUUCUCGACAAAAUUAGCAUUUCAUUCUUGGCAUAUUUCGAGACGAUAACGCAAGUGCAUUCAGCAGUUAGUAUUAACCUGAAAAGAACAUUUUUAUGCAUGUGAGUACGUUAUUAAAAAAAGAUUUCAAAAAGAUGAAAUUCGGUCAUGUUGCGACACGCAUCACACUGAACAGCGAUAAACCACCGAGUUGACAGUACCAUAGAGAUGUAUUAUGUGGCAGUUUACUCACAUAAUCACUCUGUGACCAUCACUCAUGUGCUUUCUAGCAGCUGAUGAUGAUCAAGUGAUUGAUGAAAUAUCCACAUAAACUCGUAUUUCUCUGAGUGAAGUAAAAUAUGUCUGAUGUCUAAUCUCGUUGAAAUACAAAUCCAGCGCAUGAAAACAAUAAUUUGAGUUAAAUUUCCUUUUUCCUGUAGAAGACAUUGUUUGAAGAACCACAAUUUAGCAAACCUAGCAGGUUUUAAUGAGAUAUAUAAGAAGUAAGAUAAAGACAAACAAACUCUAAAAUACUAAAAAUAAAUAAAUAAAUAUAUAAAUAGAUAAUACUUAACCAUAUAAAAUGCCAGAUAUAGCUACAUCAUCUAAAUAGAUGAUACUAAACUAUAUAAAAAUGAAAGAUAUAAAUUAUCUAAUCUAAUCUAAAAUUAUCAAACAAAUUAAAUAAUGAAAUGAUCAAGAGUCUGCUGUUAACUCAAAAGUUGCAUGUUUGAAAGAUUUCACCGAGUCCGUUUGUCUUAAAUACAGUGGUAAACUUGUUUUCUUAGAAUAAAUUCUUGUCAAACUUCUUCUGUAUUAAGUUAAUUUUAUUAGUUAUUCUAGCUAUUCAGUUCUCCCCUCUUUAAAUAAAGUGUAUUAUUGUUAUUACAAUCAUUAUCAUUUACAUCGAUUUAAUUUUUUACUUUGAAUUUAUAACAAAUUCUACUCUAACAUAUUGAUUCUCUGUCUGCGGUUUUCAAACCUAUUUAAUAUAUUUCUCCUCUGGUAAUCAUGUACUUCCUUGUUCCUUCUAUAAGAAAAUAAUAAAUUAUUGUACAAAAGGCUAUUUUAACAAUUAUUUUUAUCAUUUACAGAAUUAAUUAGAAAUUAUUAUAUUUAUUUGUUUGUUUAGAUCAGAGGAGCAACAAAUGCUGUUCUUCAGUUAUUGAAUUCACUGCCAGGGAAUCAGAAACCUACUCUUGUCACUGCAAGCAGUGGAAAUCAUGGUCAAGCUCUUGCACUUACUGCAAAGAAAAUGGGACUUGAUGCUUACAUUGUCAUGCCAUUAAGGGCACCAAAGAUGAAGAAAGCUGCUAUCAGAGGAUAUGGAGCAACUAUUAUUGAUUGUUUCAUUAAUACCUAUGAGGUAUUUAAAAUGUAAAGUGUAAGUUUAACCCAGACGGAGCUAUGUUUAUAUUCUAGCUGAUAAUAAUUAACUGUUAUUGUUAGGGAUUCACAAAGAGAUUCACAAAUCUACUGAACUUUAACUUAGUUACCGAAUACUUCCGUAUGAGAUGCAUUGAUAGCAAUAUCAAGCUAAAGUAUAAUUACUCAAGUGAUUAUAAAGAUUCGUAUGCUCUGACUGGUCGAGGAUUUUGUCAUCCUAUGUCGCUAUCACCCCGAGAGUGGUGAUUAAAGUCAUAGCGAUCAGUUGAUGUUGUUAUUCAGUUUGUCAAGUAAUGAUUUGUCUCCCCUAUAUCAGGCCAGGUGUGCAGCUACCAAGAAACUCAUCGCAGACCAUGGCCCAAAUGCAUAUCUUAUUCCCUCAUCUGAUCACCCUCACAUUAUAGCAGGCCAGGGUUCAAUUGCUGUUGAAUUUCUGGAGCAGGUAGCUAGCUUUUUUAAAUAUCAGUCUAAUGUAUAGAUUAGGUCGAUUAACCAAGGCUAAACGCGAAGCCCCUGAUUAUAUACUUGUAAUUAAAAGCAAUUAACGAUAAACUUGGAAACUCAAAGCCAGUAAAAAGAACCUUCAAAUCCCUUCUUAACUUGAGUAGUCUUCUAUUUAUCUUUAAGGGAGAGGCUGGGUGGUUUAACAAUAAGUAUGAUGCCGUUAGAAUUAUGCAGAUCGAAGUUUCAACAGAUGCUUUUUCUUUAUUGCAGAUGCUCCUCAAAAAGUAGAUAACAUCCAGCUAGCAAUAUGUUUUUCCUUAUUCUUGCAUGCAUUUAUCCUUCCGGCAGUGUUAGUCAGAAAUUCAGCUUCUUCGUCUUCGAGCUUAAUUCUUCGAAUAGCCGUAAACACAAUUCCGAAGCAAAUAUACCAUCGUUCAUCCUCCUUUCCAAGCAAAUAUACCAUCGAAUCAGUGGCAUAUUGUUCGCAUCUUCCAAAUAUUGUAAUAAGCACCAUUUUUUGAGUAAUUAGCUAUGGAGGUUAGCUAAUCCAGAAACGGCGAAAUAAUCAUAUUUGUCAGGAGGCUUCCUUAUUUGCAUUGUCCACAGGUCUCAGACUUAGAUGCAAUUGUGGUUCCUGUCGGCGGUGGUGGAAUGAUCAGUGGGAUUUGUAUUGCAGCCAAAGCAAUAAAGCCUGAUAUCAAGAUCUAUGCUGCCGAGCCUUUAAAUGCAGAUAACUGUGCAAGGUCGUUUGUUGCAAAAGAGAGGGUUCCUCUUACAAGUAAGUUGAAAAUGUACCUACCUGAACAAAUGUUCAUUAUGCAGUGGAAAAUGAUUGAGUUCAAUUCAUGUGCAAGUAGUUAAACGUAUGUCAGGUUUAUAAAAACAUAUGAAGGUGAAGAAGUCUAUGGGAAUCACAAUCACUAUCUAAGAACAUUUCUUUUUUGAAAUCUGUUUAAUCAUCGUUUUAAUUACAAAAUGCAUGAUGGUGAUAAUAAACUAUUCAGUUUGAACAUUGAACAUUGUCAUGAUGUUACAUUGUUAACAAGUGAACAUAGCAAGGUGCCAAUGGUGAUGAAAUACAAAUACAAAUGGCUCAGACGAUGCACGGACCGGCUGCAACGCAGGCUAAGAAUAAAACACUAUCCGAAUAAUUUGAAAAAGCACACUUUUGUGCCUCAGGUUUAGACAAAAAGGGAUUUUAAAAAAAAAUGUUCGUGCACAGUGCGACGCAAAGCAGGCGGAAAUCCUCUAUCCUCCUCCCUUGGACCACGGAGGACACUGGAAUAAGUGCGGACGAUAGAUCUAGUAACCUUAAAAAACAAAGUUACGUUUUCAAAUGUAUCCGUUUGUUAUCGGUCUAACAGACAUCCUUCGGCAAGACUUCAUUUCGUGAGCGUUUUCGGGUCGGUUUCUGGUGUACCUACCUUUUCCGAAAACCUCCAUUUUCAAUCCUUUUAGUAUGGAAGCAAAUGCUUAAAAAUGUAUUUGUUUUCAAAGGAAAAUGCGUGCAUUAUUGUGGACGGAGACUAAAACAUCAUUUCUGACUUCUUCUCAGCUACUUCUAACACUAUUGCUGAUGGCCUAGAUACCUGCAUUGGUAAAACGACCUGGCCAAUCAUACGAGACAACGUGACUGACGUCAUAACCGUAACAGAGCAAGAAAUAAUUUCUGCAUGGAGGCUGGUCUGGGAACGAAUGAAACUAAUGAUUGAGUCGUCUGCUGCUGUAGGCGUGGCAGCGGUAUUAUCGGAAAAAUUUCAAGCUCUUCCUGCGCAAGAUCUGAAGAAUGUUGGGAUUAUUCUGUGCGGUGGAAAUGUAGAUUUGGACAAUCUGCCCUGGAAAAAAUAACAGCUUUCAACUACCACAAGAGAAAGUGGUUUAGCUGUCAUUAUUUUUAAGAACACUAAAGUUCUUGAUUUUAUGAAAUAAUCUUUAAUACUAUUUUAAUAUUUGAUCUUAUCGAUAAUGUUUUAAAGGAAAGCAUGAGUUUGGGGACAACAUAUUUUCAGCUAUAAAUAUACGGAUUCAUAGAACAAAAUUUUUUUCACAGUUCUAUGACAAAUUUCUUGAAUGAAGGUCGUUAUUGUUUGUUUGUUUUAUGCCAUCCUAGCCAGUAGCCUGCGAAAACACCCGUUUCUCCUCGCUCUUCGCCGCUGGGGACGUUUCGCGUUGGGGAACGUCUGGUUUACCUUUUAAGUAAGUCGUGUAUUUCUCAGGUACACAGAAAAAACCCGCGAGUACUGGAAGAACUUGGUUUUUAAGAACCUGUAAGGCUAAAAUUUGGCAGUUAGCCCUCGAUCCUCUACUAUACAAGAACCUAUUUAGCCUAAAAAUUGAAUCAGGUUCUCAUUUUUUUUCUAUAAAAGAUUCUGUAUACCUGGGGAAACGAUAGGUGAACAUUCAGGAUCCUCUUUGGAGGCAUAGGUGUUUUAUCACUCCUUCACUAACUGCAAUGUAAUGGUAUACAGAUGUUAUAUAAGGAGUAAGCUGCAUACCACUAAAUACUAUUAGCUACCUUAAUUUGUUCUUCAGAAAAUAAGAACCUAAGAACUUAAAUAGCCUAAAUUUUGUGCUAAAAAUUACCAUUUAUGCAAGAACUUGUUUUGGCUAACUUGGGUAAAAGCAGGUUCUUUUAAAAUUUAAAUUAAAUUGCUGGUUUUUACUGUACUUCAAAUGUUCCAGUAAAUGUGUUAUACAAUAGACUAAGACAGUGCCAUCAGCAUACAAAAGCGUAUUACAAUUGCGAGUAACAGUGGGUAAAUCGUUCACAUGAAGCACAAAUAAAAGAGGUCCGAGGAUCGAUCCUUGGGGCACUGCAACAAAAAACGAUCCGGCGUCUGAGAAAGCUCCCUGGAACCCAAUAACCUGAACUCUACCUUAAGUUAGCAAACCACUCGUACUCUUGAUCUACGAUAUCCAGGGCAUAAACCCUCUGUGACAGAAGGCAAUGGUUCUACCCCGAGUUGUUUAAAACAAACUAACUACUCGAAUAACAAGCCACCUGAACGACAUCGUAAACGCUAAAAGCCGUGUACCCGCUCACAGAUUUUCGAGCAAAAGAGAGACUGCUCGCAGUCUAGUAGCCUGCGUAGCAGGGCGCUUGGAAGUACUGGGCGAAAGAGAGAACGGGAGCGUGCGAGGGAGACACGCGAGGCCGUAACCCCUACGGUUAUUUUCGGCAUCCCACAUGCCGUGCGUACUUUCAAUCCCGAAUCCCACCUCCCCCCCGCCACCAUUUUUUUUUGUCAAAAUCCCGAAUCCGGGCUGUAAAGACCAGACUCGUAGCCACUUGCUAUUUAUGUGUUUUGGGGUGAGAGAAGGUUGGGAUUAGGUUGAGGCGCGCAAGGACUCAUGGAAAGGGACGAAAGAAAUUUUUUUUAAUGUUCUUCGUCCCUUCCAUGGGGGCUCCAUGAGUCCCCGCGCGCCUCAACCUGCCCUCGAUCUUCUCUCACCCCCAAACAGGGACGAGUCUGUAUAUUGAAAGACUACAGACGAACUUUAAUACCGAACAUAUAGUAAAAAAGAACCCAGUCGCGCGGUCAAAAAUUUCGACUGUGAUAAAAAGCCCACGUUAUUUCUUUUCAGUGGAUUUUCAAUCUUCCAACUGUUAUUUCGUAUAGAAGAAUGCAAGGUGAAUCGUUACCUAGACUUUAGCUCGAGGAGAGUUAUUAUUCGAAUGUAUGAAUGGUAAUGACGAUAAUCGACUUUAGAAAUCUAACCAGACUUCGAAGGGCGUACUUAUGUGUUCAAGAUUUCGGCAGGUAGCAAGCAAUUUCUUGUCACCCUCGAUGCCUUAUAGAAGUUUACAGGAAUCGAGGGCUAGUCCACAGCUUUAAUUGUGAAGUUGGAUGUGAUUGAGCCAUAAAAGUAGAUACAAGCUUUGCAAUAUUUUUGUACUCUGGAAUGAUUCAUACAUUUUGCAUUUUGCAGAAUGACUUCACCUUCAACCAGUGAUGCUGUAAUAACCAUUCAGGAUGUGCAAGAUGCAGCUCAAAGAAUUGCACCGUAUAUACACAAAACACCUGUAAUGACCUGCUCAACUCUUGACAGUAUGGCUGGAAGAUCACUGCAUUUCAAAUGCGAUCUCUUCCAAAAAGUUGGUGCUUUCAAGGUUAGACUCUGAAGUGAGUUACAUAUACACAGGAAGUACUGGAAAUUAAUGAACUGCAAUUCUAAUGGCAAUCAACAUAAUAUUCCUACCCACCUACACCCCACCCCCCCCCCCCAACCCAACACGGUAGGCGAGAUUUAAGAUAAGCUAAGCCCCGGGUCUGGUGUAGGUGAUGCUUAACAGUACUACUGUAGAUCUCAAGAGGGUGGAAAAUAAAUUAUUGAAUCAUUUCAGGAUGUUUGGAAAAUCCUGGAGGAUUAAGGAUUUAAAACUCACAGAUUAAAUCCAACCAUCACAGAAAUCUGGAAUGCCUAGAGAAAAAAGAAAAGCUUAUGGUUCUAGUUUUCCUGAUGAUUCCUGAUUACAGGAGUAUCCAACGACGGUUUCCUCCUAAAUACAUUGAUAACACUUUUAAGGCUAUCCAGAGUAUUAAUGCAUUCUAAUUCAGUUUGUGUCUGUCCAGUCAUCCUAGGGGAACUUGAGUCUUUUCGAAAUUACAAGGGCUUCGUACUAUUGUUGCAAAAAUUUUAGAUGCAAUUUAAUGCAUUACGAGAAUGAGACAUUUUCUGAUUUCUCUCUCCAUAGCAUUUUUGAGUGCGAAAGUUUUACUUCCUUUUCUCUGCGACAAAACAGCCAAACUUGGGAAGUGAAGUGCGAAAAUUAAACUUCAGAAAAUCGUAGGGAAUUAAUUAGAUAAGCUUUGAAAAUUGUGCAUGAGUGGAAUGGUCAUCUAGAAAAUAUUAGCCAUCCUCAAGUGAUAGAAAAGUCUAGUCAAUACCUGCUUCUCCAAACAGAUAAUUUAAGGAAAUUAGUCGUCGGGUGCCCUUGUGAUUAUGCCACUGGACUAAAGGCGAUUUCUUUGACUUUCGGAGUUUACAAUAAAUAAUUUAUAUUAUAUGUUCUUUUACUGACAAUAUUUGCCGGACUAUGGUAACUGGCCACUAAAAUAGGUGGUGACCACUUAAAUCCACCACCAAACAUUUCAAAGAAGCUUUAACUUUCUUCUACACAUUCACCACGUGAAAGUGAAAUUUGUCAUAAUUUUAUUCACUCUCAUAUUUGUACACUUUGGGUGGCUUAACCCUGCAGGGGACUUUGUGUCCUACACUUUAAUUUGUUUUCCAUUUAUGUUAUGUUUACAUGUACCUUAUAUCAGUAAAUAAAUAAAUAAAUAAAUAAUAAAUAAGCAUUGUCACAUUUUGUCACUCCAGAUAAGAGGAGCAAUGAAUGCUGUCCUUCAGUUGUUGGAUUCACUACCUGAAGGCCAUAAACCUGUUCUUGUCACUCAUAGCAGUGGCAAUCAUGCACAAGCUCUUGCACUUUCAGCAAAAACUAUGGGACUUGAGGCUUACAUUGCAAUGCCAUUAAAUGCACCACUAGUGAAGAAAGCUGCUGUUCGGGGCUAUGGAGCAACAAUUGUUGAUUGCGGAAACUCUGCUGAGGUGUUGCUUCUUAUUUAAUUUGUAGUUUUAGUUACAGUUAAUUAAAAAGGGUGGGAGAACAUGCAUGCACAGUAGAGACCAAUUAUUAAUGUCUAUUUUUCAGAGAUAUCUAUCUGAAAGAGGUGUUCAUUGCUGUGUAUGGCUUAUAGUAACGAGUUCUUUUCCUGGUAAUGGGGUUGAAGCUGAGAGAAUCCAUCACCUUUCCCUCUUUUUCUCUUGAUCUUUUCCUUCCACAUAUAGACAGUGUGUUAUUGUAGUCUGUGCUGCCCCAGUGUUAAUUUUUGUGGGGAGAUUGGUUAAGGAAGGUGCAUGAGGGGAAAGAUUAUGGAUUAAACAGUAAUGGAUUAAACAAUUAAGUCACCUUGCAUCCAGGAGAGAAUGGUCAGCUAAACAAAACAAAUUAUGGUUAACAGAAAGCUAGUAGCUUAUGUGAGUUGAAAACUUUGGCGUACAUGAAAAUAUGCCUCUUCUUAAUUAAUCCAAAACCAUAGUCAUGAGUGAAUCCACUUUUUAAAGUUACACAUAUGCCAUUAUUAGAUUGUCUUUUGUGGUAAAAUGAAAUAGCAAGCCUUUUGUUUUAUAUUCACAGGAUAGGGCAUCAACUGCAGAGAAAAUUGUAAAGGAGAAACCUAAUUCAUUCCUCAUUCCACCAUUUGACCAUCCUCACAUCAUAGCUGGCCAGGGAACCAUUGCUGUGGAACUACUCGAUCAGGUUGGAACCUUCAAUCAAGCUUCUAUAGCCUUAGCUAAAUAACUGCAGUGGCUCACAGAGCUGCUCACCAUUUCUUUAUUUUUAAAUUAUGUACGGGUACUUUCUUACAUCUGUAGAAUCUCGAUUUCUCAGGCCCUUGGCUUUUGAAAAAUUCCUGAUAAUUUGAACCAAAUGUAACUUCCCUUCACUGGUCAAACAUUGUAAUUUUAGCCUUGAAUUUUCAAACCUCCUGAUAAUUUCAAUCAAUUGGCUUUUGCCCAUGUGGUGCAAAUAAUAGGGAGUCCGCUGUUACAGUAACGGAUAACUUAUUCUAAUUUUUGUGUUAUGAAUUUCCAUCAGAGGUUACUUGAAGGAGUAAUCUUUUUUUAAUCUUUUUUUUUCACAAUAACUGAGCGAUUUCUCUUGCGCUGAUUGGUCAAGAGCUAUGUUCAAAAAGAGUACCGGAAAAUUACAUGUUGGUGGUGCCAUUUGUCUUUCUCUUCCAAGCACAUGCAAUUUUCCGAAAAACUUCAACAGAAAUGGACAUCAAAAACUAUCAAAUGUUAUGGUAAAAACAAAUUGACAACAAUUUUCCAUGGUUUAUACUCUUAUUGACCAAAAAAAUGAUGUCAAAAUGUUCAAAACUUUGCAGUGAAACCACUUGCCUACGACUCGUGGUUCCACAUGUGUUUUAAAUAGUGUUAACGUCAUUUCUAAGGUUGAUAAGAGUACAGACCAUGGAAAAUUGUUGUCGAUUUGUUAAAUGUGGACACAUGUAUGCAUGUGCCUAAAGACUCCAAAUUCUUUGUUUACAACCCUGUUGGACAUAAUGUAUUCUCUGGAAAAUUGCACGUUAGAAUGUAGAUCAAUGGCGUUUAUUUCUAAGAAUUUAGCUUUCCUUGUCAGGCAACUGUGUGCAUGGUCUUCUGAUUUGAUAUCUGAUCACAAGUUCUCAUGGCAGGUUCAAAACUUGGAUGCCAUCGUGGUUCCUGUUAGUGGUGGUGGAAUGCUCAGUGGGAUAUGUGUUGCUGCCAAAGCACUGAAGCCUGACAUUAAGAUUUAUGGUGCUGAGCCUCUCAAUGCAGAUGAUUGUGCAAAGUCAUUUGCAGCCAAGAAAAGGAUUCCUCUUCCAGGUGUGUGCUUAGAACCACCUGUAGCUGCAAUAACAUACAGUAAUUAAUUUUAUUAUGAAUAGAGUUUCCAAGAGGCAAAAGUUUAUUCAAUCAUUUUAAAGCAAAGCAGUAUGUACUUAUACUGGAAAAUACUGCUUGUAACCUCCUCUACUUCUAAGCCCCCUAGCUCAAGGCCUAUCUACCUGUAAACCAAAAAGUACAUCUGAUUUUAAGCCCCCUCCAAGUGUAUUAACCCUUUAAGCCCUAAGAGUGAUCAGCGUCAAAUUUCUCCUUUUGAUAUCAAUGCUUUGUAAAACAGAGUGGUCAUGAGAAUUACGGACAUGAUCACACAAGAUGAAUUUGCUUGAUAUUUAUCAACUUCUCCCCACUACUUCUGUAGCAAAUGAAUAGGGGCAGCAAAUGAGAAUUCAAAUUUUGAUCUUAGGGUUAAAAUAAAUGAUCAAAUUAUUUUGACAUUUUGAAGCUUAUAAUUAAAAACCAGUUAUGUAUUUGACUAGCACUGCUACAGCUUGCUUUAAAGCGCUUCUUCUAUUCUGAGAUAUAAGCCCCCCUAAAACCCCUUUUGAAGAUAUGUAUAAGCUUAGGGCUUAUAAGUGGCAGUUUAUGGUAAACAGCAGUCACUGACCUGCAGUCACCUCCCAAGUAAGGUCUUCUAUUUUAAAACAACAACAACAACAACAACAACAACAACAACAACAACAACAAAAGAUGCCUUACCUCUUUUCCCUACUCUAAAUUCAGACUGUUAAGUCUCAAUCAUGGAAAAGGUAUUGAUCUUUAAAGAAAUUCUCCACAUGACUACUAUUUUACUGCGCUUUUCAUAAAAAUGCGAAUUUUGACGUUCAAAAGCCAACUGACAAUUGCGUUUUUCGCUGCCAUCAAUCAUCUUAACAGACCUCUUAGGAAACAAAACUUUAUUUUAACAGGUUCAAAAGGUCGUGUUUUCUGAUUUGUGAUUGGUGGAUUUCGAUUCAUUUUGUGUGUUUCUGUGUUUCAAGGUUCGUUUCUUGUGAUCGUAAUUAUGAUUGACAGCAGCAAAAAACGCAAUUGUGAAGGCGGCUUUUGAACUUUAGAGUUCGCAUGUUUAUGAAAAGUGCAGUAAACAUAUUGAAAAACAUUGUGAAGAAUAUCUUCAAUUCAAUUAGACCUUGAACGGUAAAGAAACAUAUAAAACUUUAUCCUCAACAGGACCUCCUGACACAAUAGCCGAUGGGUUGAGAACAAGUGUAGGCCACUUGACGUGGCCAAUCAUAAGAGACAAUUUGACUGAUGUCAUAACUGUAACAGAAGAAGAAAUAAUCUCAGCAAUGAGGCUGGUCUGGGAACGAAUGAAACUGUUAAUUGAACCCUCUGCUGCUGUGGGCGUGGCAGCAGUAUUAACAGAGAAAUUCCAAGAAAUUCCUGCACAGGAUCUGAAAAAUGUCGCUGUUAUACUGUGUGGUGGAAAUGUGGACCUUGAUAAUUUACCAUGGAAAAAAUAGCCUUUAGCUUGUGCUUUUCCACAGAAAUUUUCUUCAUCCUAGCUUUCAUUUGCAAAAGUCACUAAUGCACAAAAUGAAACCUUUUUCUUUAGGUAUUUAAUAUUCCAUUUAACUAUCUUGCGUACUGUGAAAGUCAUCUUCAGAGUCAAAGUGAGUUGUAUCAUGUCAGUUGAUGGUAUUAUACUCUGGUUAUUGGCCUGAUUGGUCAAUUACGUUGCGAUGUUAUUGGUCGUCUGUCAGUUAAUCUAUCUUGCUUACAUUACAAUAUCCAAUGUAGACACCGAGGCAAAGGACAGAGACUUGUGUCCACAUUAGAAAGUUUCCUUUUCUAGAGGUAGGAAUUUUAAAUAGUUU